ACGUACAAGCAAACAAGAUCAGACCUUUGGUCCAAUUCCACCCUUAGCCCGGGCUCCUUGUUGCCCUGCCCCUCCUCUGGUCUCCCUACCCCUUGCCCCUCCCCUGGCUGUGUAUUUGUGCACCCCUUCCUCUGUCACAGUCCGCAGAGUCCCUCUGACCGGCUCCUAGCUCUCUCCUGCCGCUGGCAUGCCUUCCUUCUACCUGCGAGCUGUGGGGCCCUGCUCACGAACGGUUAAAAGAUGGGUGGAAUCUCAAAGAGCAACAUGCCGAAGGGCACAUGCAAAGGCCCUGAGUGAGCAGAUGGGACGUCUUCCACCUGCUGUCAGAGAAUUUGUGGUGCGAGGAGCAGAGCUGUGUGACCCCCAAAACAUCCACGUCUGUGAUGGGUCUGCAGCAGAGAAUGAUACCAUACUCACUGUACUGCAACAGGAGGGGAUGAUAAAGAAACUAAGCAAGUACAACAACUGCUGGCUGGCUCGAACUGAUCCAAAGGAUGUAGCACGAGUUGAGAGUAAAACUGUGAUUGUCACAGAGAAGCAGAGGGACACAGUGCCAAUUCCUGCAUCAGGUGUCAAAGGGCAACUUGGAAACUGGAUGGCGCCACAAGAAUUUGAAAGAGCAAAGAACGAGCGUUUUCCAGGAUGUAUGAAAGGUCGGACUAUGUAUGUGCUUCCAUUCAGUAUGGGUCCUGUCGGAUCUCCUCUGUCUAAGUAUGGAGUGCAGCUUACAGACUCACCAUAUGUAGUUGCCAGCAUGCGCAUAAUGACAAGGAUGGGCACGCCGGUUCUAGAGGCUUUGGAAGGUGGAGACUUUGUGAAAUGUUUACACUCUGUUGGACAACCCCUCCCUUUGAAAGCCCCAUUGGUCAAUGCAUGGCCCUGUAAUCCUGAGAAGACUCUUAUUGCCCAUGUUCCUGACAACCGUGAAAUCAUUUCGUUUGGCAGUGGAUAUGGAGGAAACUCUCUGCUUGGGAAAAAAUGUUUUGCUUUGCGCAUUGCUUCUCGCAUAGCCAAGGAUGAGGGAUGGUUGGCUGAACAUAUGCUGAUCUUGGGGAUCACAAAUCCUGCUGGUCGGAAACGAUAUAUUGCAGCUGCCUUCCCAAGUGCAUGCGGAAAAACUAACCUUGCAAUGAUGCGUCCGUCUUUACCUGGUUGGAAGGUCCAGUGUGUCGGCGAUGAUAUCGCCUGGAUGAAAUUUGAUAGUCAAGGGCGUCUCCGUGCUAUUAACCCAGAAAAUGGAUUUUUUGGGGUGGCCCCUGGGACGUCAGCAAAGACAAACCCUAAUGCUCUGAGCACAGCUGAAAGCAACACCAUUUUUACAAAUGUGGCUGAGACCAGCGAUGGCGGAGUUUAUUGGGAAGGGCUGGAUCAACCACUGCCACCAGGAGUAACUGUCACUUCCUGGCUGGGAAAGCAAUGGAAACCAGGUGACAAAGAACCCAGUGCUCACCCCAAUUCUCGUUUUUGCGCUCCUGCUGCUCAGUGCCCAAUUAUGGAUGAAGACUGGGAGUCACCUGAAGGUGUCCCUAUAGAUGCUAUCAUAUUCGGUGGACGAAGACCAGAGGGAGUGCCUUUAGUCUAUCAGAGCUACAACUGGAACCACGGAGUGUUUGUUGGAGCUUCCAUGAGGUCAGAGGCCACAGCAGCAGCAGAGCACAAAGGUAAAGUCAUCAUGCAUGAUCCGUUUGCAAUGAGACCAUUCUUUGGCUAUAAUUUUGGUCAUUACCUCUCUCAUUGGUUGAGCCUACAGCACAGACAAGGAGUACAACUUCCUAAAAUCUUCCAUGUCAACUGGUUCCGAAAAGAUAAUAAUGGCCAAUUCUUGUGGCCAGGUUUUGGAGAGAAUGCUCGAGUGCUCGACUGGAUCUUCCGCAGAGUGGAAGGAGAGGAGAGUGCCCUUCAAACUCCCAUUGGGUAUCUUCCUGCAGAGGGGGCUCUGAACUUACAGGGUUUAGGUGGAGUUGAUACAGAACAACUGUUUUCACUCCCCAAAGGAUUCUGGGAGAAGGAAGUGCAGGAGGUGGGUCGUUAUCUGUCUGAGCAAGUGACUGAUGACCUGCCGCCACAAAUCAUGCAAGAGCUACAGGGGCUGGAAGAUAGAGUUAGCCAUAUGUGAGGGUGUUCACUAGUUAAAGGGAAGAGCAAUGGGAUAACUGCUUUUGACUUCAGAGGGUACAAGUGCCUGGUUAUGAAUUGGACACCGUUGUUCCUUUCUUCCUGUCUCACGUCACAAGUGGGAUCGUUAGUGCCUUAUUUCACUCAAUAAAUAAUGUUCUGGGGUCCAGGGCAUAGUUUGUAAAUAAAGAAAAUGGGGAUCCAUUAUCAGAACCACUUUUUAUUCAGUGUAGUGGGCAGGCCUUCCACUCACCAGUAAACAUUGUGGGACCUUUAUCACUGAAUUGGAAUACAGGGCAAUCUGUAACACAUUCACCAUUUAUUCUUACCUAAACGGCAUUACAUUAUUAAUUCUGCAGGUUUUAACAAUGCACAUUGGUUCUUAACACUAUUUGGCUGCUUGCCUUCAAGCACGGAAUAUAUCUCAAACUGCAGACAGUACUGUUUCACGAUCAACUGCGCGUUAAAAGCCAUUGGAGGCACAAACUUGAGCUUGGGGAUAUUUGAUUAAUACUGUAAGGGUUUCACUAAAGUAGGGAGGGUGGAGAACUGAUAAAGUGCUUAGAAAUUAAAGGACAAAGCAGCUGAAUUGUAAAAAUUUAGGUUUUGUUCAGUCUUAAAACUUGUGGUUCUUCACACUUGCUAGUUUUGUGCAUGACCCCAUGUGUCUUAAAGUAACCAAAGAACAGCCGGUCCCUCUGACAUUUAUUUAGAGGGGAGGUGACCUCAGGAAUUUUUAUUUUUUUCUUUUGUCUUUUUUAUAUGCAAAUAAACUGCUUUCUUUUUGUGUUUCUUUUAUUAAUGG